AGCUGGCGUCCUGCGGCAGUCUCGGGCCGCUAGUCUAGGCGAGCGCAGGGGAGGAGACCCGGGCCUGCCCCCGCUCCGCACUUGCAACCCGACGCCUCCGCAGCCUGGGUCCGCCAGCGUGGGAGGGCGUCCGGGUCCCCGCGGCCCGGGUACGAACUUGGAGGGGUCCGCGGCUCUCCGGGCCUGGAGAGUGAACAGAUUGUGGACUCUUCUGAGAUUGACAAUGAUACAGUGAAUCCAAAGGCUGCGAUCAAAACCAUCUGCUCACAUCUUGAGUUUGAACAACAGUAGAUCCUACCAAUACGUAUCAUGGCUAAAAGCGCCGAGGUCAAACUGGCCAUAUUUGGGCGUGCAGGCGUGGGUAAGUCAGAUUCGACUAAAGGAAGUCGUGCAAGAAGCAUCUGCAAAGGACAGUGGGAAAUGACACAAAGAAAGAAGAAACACAGGGAAGGUACUUUAAUAGCUAUUGUUGUGAGAUUUCUGACCAAGCGGUUCAUCUGGGAAUACGAUCCAACCCUUGAAUCUACCUACCGACACCAGGCAACCAUCGAUGAUGAAGUUGUUUCCAUGGAAAUCCUAGAUACCGCUGGUCAGGAAGAUACCAUCCAGAGGGAAGGGCACAUUCGGUGGGGGGAAGGCUUUGUGCUGGUCUAUGAUAUUACCGAUCGGGGAAGUUUUGAAGAAGUGCUGCCCCUGAAGAACAUUUUAGAUGAAGUCAAAAAGCCCAAAAACGUAACUCUCAUCUUGGUUGGAAACAAAGCCGACUUAGACCACUCCAGACAAGUGAGCACGGAGGAAGGGGAGAAGCUGGCUACGGAGCUGGCGUGUGCUUUCUACGAGUGUUCUGCCUGCACUGGGGAAGGGAACAUCUCGGAGAUGUUCUAUGAGUUGUGUCGAGAGGUGCGUCGCAGGAGGAUGGUCCAAGGCAAGACGCGACGGCGCAGCUCUACCACGCAUGUCAAGCAGGCCAUCAACAAGAUGCUCACCAAGAUCAGCAGUUAGGCAGCUGUGUUCUUGCACAGGCCCUGCCGGGGCAUUGGAGAAUUGGAAGCCCUCGCUUACUCUUUUGCCCUUCCAAACAUGAAAUAAUGUAUUCUGCUCCUUGUUCUGAUUCUGAGAAGUAUCAGGGUUUCUCCCUGCUCCAGUCUCCUACGUGUUGGGAAGUUUUAGAGUAUCGUACACUGUCUCAAUGCGCUUUCUCCCUUUUCUGCGUGCAUAGGAUCCGUGCUAAUAUAGUCUGAAGAUGUAACCGCCAAAGAUGCCCUAAUAGUUGGGUUUCUAUGAAGCUAUUUUUAAGCAUCUCUGCCUUACUUACAUAAUUUAGCAUCUUUUCAAAGGCAUUUUAAGAUUCUUUUAUUUUUAUUUUAUUUUAUUUUUGGUCAAAGGCUACAAAUUCUCUGCCAAAAUAUCUUACGAUUUUUUUUUUUUUUUUGGAUGUCUGG